GUAAAGGUAUUUUUUUUAAUCUGGAGAUCUCCAGCAAAAGGAGGGAAAAAUAUCCAAUUUUCAUCGCAAAAUUAGCUAGGGCGAGAGCAAAGGGCUGAGCUAAUUGUAGCCUAAUCCUCUGCCCUGGAGGCGUUUGCAAAGCCCUGAGCAAGAAUUCGCCUUUUUUCCUCCUCUUCUCCCUUCCCUCUGUUAUUUAGAGACGGGAUUAUUGCCUUUCUUCUCAUAACAGCCUCGGCAGUUUCAUUUUAAGGGGUUUUUUUUCCCUCUCCACACACACACACACACAAAAUAAACAGAAGAAGCAUUAAAAAAGAGAGAGGGAGAGAGAGAGAAGAAGCAGCUUUAAAAAUAAUAAUAAUCACAGCAGGAUCUAAGGAACAAAGAUAGUAAUAAAAGCAAAAAACAAACCCAUCAACACACAAACCCAACAGAGCCCAAAGCAAAAGGGGGGUUUGCAGAUCUCUCUUCUGUGUUCAAGGUUGGUUUCACAAAAUAAACAAUCGGCUCAAAGUCGCCUAAGAGGCAGAUUCUGGAUAUUAUCAUGUUUACGUGUUUAUAGAGACAAAGGUAAUGCCAAGUCUCUUUAAUUUUGACCCUCUGGCUGGGCUGAAUCCUACCUCCCUGGAAAUACAGACAGUGCCAUGAAGCCACGAGAGUGCAAGGAGGGAAGAAGCAUGUCCCGUCUGUCUCUAACACGGUCCCCAGUUUCUCCCCUGGCAGCUCAAGGAAUUCCUCUCCCAGCUCAACUCACCAAAUCCAAUGCUCCUGUGCACAUCGAUGUAGGAGGACACAUGUACACCAGCAGCCUGGCUACCUUGACAAAGUAUCCAGAUUCCAGAAUAAGUCGUCUGUUUAAUGGCACGGAGCCUAUUGUCUUAGACAGUUUAAAACAACAUUAUUUCAUUGAUCGAGAUGGUGAAAUUUUCAGAUACAUAUUAAGUUUCCUAAGGACAUCUAAACUGCUACUCCCAGAUGACUUUAAGGACUUUAAUCUUUUAUAUGAAGAAGCAAAGUAUUACCAGCUGCAGCCAAUGAUUAAGGAACUCGAGCGAUGGAAACAAGAGAAAGAACAAAGGAAACAUUUCCAGCCUUGUGAUUGCCUGGUCGUAAGAGUGACUCCAGAUCUUGGGGAAAGGAUUGCACUGAGUGGGGAGAAAGCUUUAAUAGAAGAGAUCUUCCCCGAGACUGGGGAUGUCAUGUGCAACUCUGUAAAUGCAGGUUGGAACCAAGACCCAACCCAUGUUAUUAGGUUUCCUUUGAAUGGAUACUGCCGGUUGAAUUCAGUGCAGGUGCUAGAAAGAUUGUUUCAGAAGGGAUUUAACGUGGCAGCUUCGUGUGGUGGAGGGGUAGAUUCCUCCCAGUUCAGUGAAUAUGUGCUGUGCCGUGAAGACAGAAGACCACAACCCACCCCAACAAUCAGAAUAAAGCAAGAACCCCUGGACUAGAACCAACCCUUCCUCCUUUGUAACCAUAGAAGUGUUUAAUAGUCCCUUAUGUGAAACACUAAGGAUUUGCAAAACAGUAUUAGCAAACAAAUUGUGACUUUAUGUUGCCAAUUAGUGAUAUUCGAAAACUACCUGUCACAUAGCCAGCCAUGAAACACAUUUGAAAAACCACCUGUUUGUUUUUCAUGAUGAACAACUGAGCAUGCUCAGCGUACAAGGCUUUGUGGGAAUGUACUUUCAACCGAACAGCUGUGAUGUUGAAAAAGGCAAAGCUUCACAAAGUACUGACCCUUGAUUGGGCUUCUGCAGAAAGACCAAUUAAAGCAAUUUGAAUAUGUCAGCUGGAGAAACGACAGUUCUUUUGACAGCAUCCCUUCCCUCCUCAGUGAUAUUCUAAGGCAAUGAAACAGGGUCCACCAAAAGGAAGAUGGUACCUUAAAAACUGCACUGAGUAUCUUCCCUGUCUGAAUGCCACACUUCUCUCAUAUCAGAUGUGCUUUACACCUCCAUACGUUAUGUUACAUUUCUGUGAUUGUAACUCAUUUGUGCUAGCAAAUGGCUUAUUUUUAUAAAACAUUUACAACUGAAAUAACUGUGUACAGAAUACAAAAUCAGAGAAGGACCAAUUCAUAGUCAUCUGGUGCUCAGUUCUUUAAACAUAAUUGAGGACUAGUUAUGGCUAAUAUGUGCAAAAGUAGGCAUUUUUAGUAAGGCCAUCUGACAUCAAAAUGGCAUAGCACGGGCCCCAAAUGUGGAGUUAUAGUUCUUUUGAGAUGCCAAUUUUUUCUUCUUUCUCUCAGAGUUUCAAUGUUUUGCAUCAUCAGUGGAGUGGUGGUUCUGCCAAGCAUUUGCCAAAGCAUCUGCCGUUGCCCUUUGUUAUUCUUUUACUAAACAUACUUAAAUCCCAUGUGCAGGAGCAGGUGUUAAACAUUUUGGACACCCCCUACUCUCCAUGGCCCGAGAAUUUUUACAAAGAAUGAUAAAGCCCCAUAUUUCUCGCUGUCUGACAGGAGCAGGCCAGGUUUUGUUUAUUUUUCCUUCUAUUAAUUUUGAACUACGAUUAAAAUACUGAUUUUCUAGCUGCCCUGUAUCUGUAUUUUUUGCUUUAAAGAAGCCAUUUGUCUGUAGGAGGUUACUGUUCCUUUAACAAAUACAGUAUCAACUCUUCUGACUUAUGCAGCUUCCUUAACUCAGGAGACAGCACUGUGUUUGCAGGUGCAAGUAUAUAAAUAGCAUUCUGCUAAAUCCUGUUUACUGCUGUUUAGCAUGAUUGGGUCCUCAAUAACUAAUUCAUGUGUUAAUCGCAAUUUAGUUUCUCCCACAAUAAUUUAUAGAAUACUGUUGUAGAUGCUGAAUUUUAAUUAAACUGUUUUUAGAUGCGUAAGUACAGCUAUAUAGAACAAGGGACCGAGUAUUAAAUAGUCAGCAAUAUUUGACAAUUCUGUUUCUCUAAUGCCAUCUGAUUACUUGGGCACAAAUUAGGACCUGGAGUUUAACACUCAAUUUUUCAAAAGUGCCUAGUGAUUUUGGGUGCCCAUGCUGGAGACUGUAUGUGGCUCUGAUUUUUGGAAAAUUCCCUCUGAAAAAUCAGGCCUCUUCAAAUUGCCCCAGAUUGGGCACCCAAAAUCACAAGUCAUUCAUAAAAAUCUUAGCCUACUGGCCUGCUGCCUUAGCAGAACAGUUGUCGGUCAUUUGGCCAAAUCUGUCUAAAGAUUUUUAAAGUUAUUUUAUGUCAUGGUUUUAUGCUUGUUUGACACACUAAAUAAAAUUGCUAGGUACUGCCAUAUUUGAAAAGAUGGCACUACGUUACCUUUCUAUGUAAGAUAUCUGUAGAAUUGUAUAUUAUACAUUUAAUAUUGUAAAAAAAUUUAACGUAUAAUUGUCAUGUAUUUGUGUAUACACAUUUCUUAUACAGAACGUCAUGCCAUAAACAUUUCUGUAAAGUAAAAGAUCAAAACUGCAGCAAGUAGAAUGAACACUCACUUUAUCUCCCACAUUCUUCAAGAGAGGUAAGAAGCUCGGGCUGUAUUUCCUUGGCCUUUGACCGAGUUCAGCUUAUUGUAGCCAUCUCUUCAAAAACAGUGUUUGUUUAUUGAUUCUAGAGAUUUAGUUCAACUUCUGUUCAAAUUCUGCUUAAAGCAUCAGUUUAGCUCCUAGCUUUUACCAUGUAUAUUCCGGUUUUGUAUUCAUUUCCUGAGCAGAGUGAUUCAGAGAGAAAUGGAGGCUGGACCCUUAUGUGUCCAUGCAUACUGUUUCAUUCAUUAACAUUCAGCUAGGAGAGGAAAGUUCUUCUGUAGUUAUGGUACAUUCAGGCUUCAGGAGUAUGGGCCAAUCCUGCAGUCCUGACUCAGGCAAAACUGCUGAAAUCAACAGGAGUUUUUGCCUGUGUCCCGGGUUGUAUCAGUAGGCACUGAUAUUAAGCACCUCUUACAAGGGGGUGAGGACUGUCAACUCCAGUUGAAGUAAAAGGGAAGUUGAAGGGCCCUGUGCUCCUCUCAGGAUCAAGCCCAUAGGCAGAAUGCUUUAGAUUUAUGUAGAGAGCCAUUAAGUAUUUGUGGUUUUGUUUGUCUGUUUUCCUCAGUUUGGUGUUCACCAUAUUUUUAUAGCUCAAUAAAGCAGCUACAGUACUGAUAGCAAUUUGGUAAGGUGGCAUCAUAAAAGAUUCCAGGCUGCUCCAACUGAGUUAAAUGUGAACUUGAGAUGGAAAGUUUGAGCCAUGACAUCACAACAUUAACUGCAAAACAGCAUUGCAGCAAGCAAGACAUAUGGAAACAAUCACUUCGUUAGGAGAAAUAUGCCCUUUUUUUAAAAAGGAAAAGUUAAGCUAGGACAUGUUCUUUUAGUUAGCGACUUCAGGUCACUGAUUUAAUGUUUAUUACAGUUUCAUUUGUAUCUCUUACUUUUUUAUAUCCCCAUAUUCUAAAGUAGCAAUAUCAGCAAAAACUGAUGUGAAUUUUUACUUCUUUCCUAAACCAUAGUAAUACAGCUUGAUUAAGAACAUUGCUCAGUGUCAUGUAAAACAGUUUUUAAAAUAUCAUCACAUCUCUAGUAAAACUGUGGUUUGCAGACAGCGAAUGCUUUUAGUUUGAAGGCCGAAAAGUAAACAUACCUUGUUUUUUAAUCUAAUUUCACUGAACAAAAUUGGUUGGAAUCUCUUUGCUGAGCACUGAAACUGUGGUUUUGAGAACUUCAGUCUUCUCUAGCACUUUUACAUGUACUGUUCUGUGCCACUGUGCUCCCAAGUCUGACAGAAAAGUGAAAGGAAAAUGUUAUGUUGUGCUUAUUGGGCAAAUCUUUAAGAAAGCAAAUGUUGUGUGCAUUCACUGACUGUAUUUAAUAGCAUCAAGGUUUGUUGACAGUUUUAUUAGAUGUUUGACAAAGAAUAAGAAUCAGCACAACAGAACAUUAAAUACUCAGUUUUAGUAUUUCUUUGUGGGUAUUGUUAAUAUUUUAAUGCAAAAUGUUUUUGAACAGUGCUUAAAAACUACAAGACAAUGUGAAACUGAAAUUAAUGUUUGAUAAAUUAAUACUGUAUGUCACUCAAAUGUGUUACUUUAGUAAAUUGUUUUAUUUCUUUACAAAAUAAGUACAAAUAAGGAAGUAUGUUUUCACACAAAUUGGGGUAUUUACGAGUAUGUACAGAAAUAAUCAAAAUAACAUAAUUCUAAUAAACACAAGGUCUUUAUAAACAAUAUGUACACAUUAUCAGUACAUUUAAAACAUAAUUUUACACUUCCUGGCCUUAAAUACGUUAUGAAUAAUCUUUUGGCUAAAUAGCAGCAGUAUAAAUUUUGUUCUGCUUUUAACAAAUCUUAAAAUAUAAUUAAAAUUUUUGUUUUUAAAACUAUUGGACAGAUAGUUCUAUUUGUGCUUUCAGUAUUGUUUCCCAUCCAAAAAAAAAUACUGCCUCAAAAAAGUGGCAAGUAUAAACGUGGUAAAAUUUGAAAAUAUAAAUAAACAAAUGCCUCCCUUCAAUAGUUACUGAAAAUACUGUGGUGUCUGGUGUCCACCUGCGUACUGAAUGCCAUAUCCAAAGCCUAUUAAGAAGACUUCCCUUGGCUUUGGUAUCUUAUGCUGUAGUCCAGCAAAGCAUUUAAGCAUGUGUGUAUACUUACACCUAUCACAUGCUGAAAGUUUCACAUGUUUAAGUGAUUUUCUGGAUCAGGGUCUCGAGGUCUGAUCAUGCAAGGUAAGGUCAACUCCCAGUGACUUCUGUGAUGACACUGAUGACCUUGCAGGUUUGGACCCUGAGGACUUAAUACUGCUCCCACUGACUCCAAUGAGAGCAGGACUGGCCCCUCUAUAACACAACUGGUUUUGACCGUGACUUUAAAAAUCGGUGUAGAAUACUCUAAAAUCUUUACUCUCUCAUUUUUAAAACCAUGAUUAGACCGUACUCUUCACAAUAAAGAUUUUUUUAAAAUAAAAAACCAACUCAGAUUCAUGUUACUAACCAGCUGCUACAAAUGUGCAAAAGGUUGAGCAGAUUUAGAAAACAACUGGAAGCUAUUCAAGGUAACUCAGCUGGGACCUGAAUGCACAGAUUUCAUACACUUAGGAAUUGGCUCAGCAAAUGAGUAGUAAAAGCAAAAAUCAUAAAUAUAUAAAAUUUGUGGGAGUGUAGGAUGGCUACUCUUUCAGCUGUGCAAAAAAUUGCAAUUAUAACUAAUCUAAAAUGAUAAUAGGCAUCACUGUGGUUAGUCAAUGAAAAUAGUGCUAGUAAAAGGUAAGGAAACAGAGAAAAGCUAGCACUGUAAUUGAACAUACUGCUAAUAAAACAAAUACCAUCCUUCGGGCCCGAUCCUACAAACCCUUCUUGCAAGUUGCCCAGUGUCAUCAAUGGGACGACUUGUGUAAGCAUUUGCAAUCUGGCUCUGAAUUUGUAUAAACUCCCUCUCAUCUACUCAGGUUAGCCUCAUCUAAAAAUGGCCAAACGCCAUAGAUCGUAUCCAUGGAUUUAACCUCUUUAAAAACCUUUUGCACAUUUUCAUUUCUUUCUUUCUUUUUAUGUAAGGGGGAUUUAUUGCAUGUGUCUGACAACUUUGCAAAAACAAACUACUGGAACACUGACAUCUGAAAAAAAUAGAAGGCACAUUCAAAUUACAGAUUUUCAAUG